AUGAAGAACUCAUCCCCUGGACCGGAUGGAAUCACCUACGCUGACCUGAGGGGGGCCGAUCCGGGAGCCGAGGUCCUGACGGCGGCAUACAAUGCGUGCCGUCGGGUGGAGUCGAUUCCCUCCCUGUGGAAGGAGUCCAACACCAUCUUGCUUCACAAGAAAGGUGAAAGGGAUGACCUCAGCAACUGGCGUCCCAUCGCUAUGGGCGACGUCAUCCCCAAACUAUUUGCCGCCGUGAUGGCCGACCGUCUCACCCGCUGGGCCGUCCAAAACCGACGGCUCUCCCCGGCACAGAAGGGCUUCCUGCCGUAUGAGGGGUGCCUCGAGCACAACUUCGUUCUGCAGGGGGCCCUGGCCGACGCGAAACGACGGCGAAGGGAAAUGGUGGUGGCGUGGCUGGACCUUUCCAAUGCUUUUGGAUCGGUCCCACACGCUACCAUUCUUGGCGCGCUGGCCGGUGCCGGUGCCCCUCGCGCGACCGUUAACCUCGUCCGGUGCUUAUACACCGAUUGCACGACGAGGGUCCGUACCGCCGAAGGAUUCACCGAUAGGAUCCCCAUGCGGUCGGGAGUAAGACAGGGUUGCCCCCUGAGCCCAAUACUCUUCAACCUGGCGAUCGAACCCGUGGUCCGUCAGGCCACGGAGUCGGGAGCCGGGUACGAGAUGGCGGGCUUCAGGGUAGCAGCCCUGGCCUACGCGGACGAUAUCGCGUUGAUCGCGACGUCCCCCGAAAGCAUGAGAGGGCUAUUGGGUGCAGCGGAGGCCACGGCUCGGGGCCUGGGUCUCGCGUUUAACCCGGGGAAGUGCGCUACGCUGCACGUACUCGGGAGCGGCGCGGUGGCUCGGACCGAGUUUGGCCUCAACGAGGGACUCGUUCCAGCGCUCGGAGACGGGGACGCCUACGAACACCUGGGCGUACCCACCGGGGUUCGGAUCGACCAGACGCCCUACUCCGCGAUCCGGGACGUGCUGAGGGACCUGGGGGCGGUGGAUCGCUCCCUGCUGGCUCCGUGGCAGAAGGUGGAAACCUUACGAUCGGUUAUAAUUCCACGUUUGGAUUUCCUGCUACGGGGCGCCAGUUUGAGGAAGUCCGCACUGGCGGAGGUGGACAAGGCAGUCAGGCGCGCGGUCAAGGGGUGGCUCAAUUUGCCACAGCGGGCCAGCGCGGAGGUGGUCUACAUCCCUCCCUCGCGGGGUGGAUGUGGGAUCCUCCCGCUGGCAGACCUGGCCGACGUGACGACCGUGGCCCACGCGUUCAGACUCCUGAACGCAGGGGACCCGGUCGUUGCGUCGGUGGCAAGAGCAUCCCUUGACACAGCGGCGCGAGACAAGCUGCGUCGACCUCCGACAGAGGGGGACCUCGCGGAGUACCUGUCGGGUCGUUUGACCGGGGACUUCGCGUUGCCAACCACCGGAUGUUCCUCAUUCUGGUCGCGGGUGCGGUCCGCCGCGCUCAGGUCUGCGGCGCGUUUCGGGUUCCAGUGGAGAUGGGACGAUGGUCGGGCCGAGCUCUCGGUGGAGAUUGCAUCGCGGGGCGAGCCGGUCGUGGUGUCACCAGGAGCAAAGGCUGAGAUAAUCCGCCGCAUGAGGGCGGCAGUGACCGGGCACUACAUGGAGACAUUGGUCCGAAAACCUGACCAGGGGAAGGUCUUUGGGGUGACCUCCCGCCAUGCGGUGAGCAAUCACUUCAUGCGUGGGGGGUCGUUCACUCGCUUCGCCGACUGGCGCUUUAUCCAUCGUGCGCGCCUUGACGUCCUCCCGCUCAACGGAGCGAUCCGUUGGGGGGGAGGCGACAAGCGUUGUCGGCGAUGCGGGUACAAACUCGAGAGCCUUCCCCAUGUGCUCGGUCACUGCGGCGUUCACUCGGCGGCUCGCCAGCUCCGGCACCACGGCCUGGUUCGCAGGCUUGCGACGGCGACCCGUCUCCCGGGCGACAUCCGGGUGGACCGGCGUGUCCCGGGUGCCCCUGACGAACUGGCGGCCUUGCGUCCCGACAUAGUUGUGACGCAUGAGCCGUCGCGGACCGUCCACCUGGUCGAUGUGGCCGUGCCUUUCGAGAACACCUCGGUGGCCUUUGAAGAGGCCAAGGCGGAGAAGCUGCGGAAAUACGCGCCUCUGGCGUGUGCUCUCCGCCGGCGCGGCUACACCGUCCACGUGGACGCGUUCAUCGUCGGGGCCCUGGGCGCCUGGUGCCCGGAGAACGAGGCCCUUUUGAAGACGCUGCGCGUCUCAUGGUUCUAUGCGAGAAUCAUGAGACGCCUCAUGGUAUCUGAGACCAUAGCCUGGUCCAGGGACAUGUACGUGGAGCAUGUCUCCGGGAUCCGGCAAUACCCCGCCCCGACCUCGGCGCCCGAUGCCAACAAUAACGCGGCGGCGCCGAGAAGAUUGAGCAUGGCCGAAGGAUCUGGAUGCGUCGCCCGGGGUAACGAGGUAAUCGUACAGUUCCCGUUCCCCGAGGUCUUCAACUGCCCCCAUUGUCACCGGGGGGCCACGGCGCUGCAGAGGGGAGCGGCGGUGUACCGGCGGCACGAGGACCUGGGUAAGCACCUUAGACUUCACCAUUCGGGCAUAACCCGGAGGUUUGUCUGCGGUGAGUGCGGCUUCACCGAUAGCAGCGCGUACGCGCUGCGAAAGGUGAAGCUGCACCACGCAGCAAACCACAGUAGUGGUGCACUGGGUCCUCCUGCCGCUGGUGCACCAUCGGCCGCCCCGGGCGACGCGUCCGCAUCCCCGGCCAGCGGACCCGCGGGGGGGACGGGCUCCCCUCGCGAGGGCGCGAGAAGCGAGGCCCCGAAUCCCGCCGAAGCGGGUCGACCGACCGACUACGUCCUCCGCCUCCACUACGACAACGGCGAGGACAUCGACGAGGCGGGGGACAACGGCGGCGACGGUAGCGGCGACGAGGGCCGCUACAACGACGAUGAGGAGCUUCCUGACCGUCGCCGCCAGGCGCAGCGGGACGCAGCCCGUGCCCACGACGGUUGCACCGAGGGGGUGCAACAAGAGGGUGACUCCCACCACCACCUUCGCGGAGGUCACCCGGGGGCCGCCGGCCGCCACCACCGGGGUGGCAACGACAGCUACGGCGAGGGAUAA